AUGCAUUUGAAGUGCACUCGGAGGGACUGGGACUCCUACAAAAAGAUGGCAUGGCUCAAUGAUGAACUCUCCCCCAAAUCUGGAAAACCUAAAAACACUUUCGGCGGCUGGGGGGCGACCCUCGUUGACAGUCUGGAUACGCUCUGGAUCAUGGGCUUGAAAGAUGAGUUCGAGGAGGCCGUUGCUGCGGCGGCUUCCAUCGAUUUUAGUCCAGAUAGUACGAGUGACGGGAUCAUCAAUAUGUUUGAAACAACUAUACGAUAUCUCGGCGGACUUCUCUCUGCCUAUGAUUUGACCGAAUGCAAAGAUAGACGAUUGCUCGAUAAAGCUGUCGAGAUCGGGGAUAUGAUAUAUGCUUCUUUUGACACGAAAAAUAGAAUGCCCGUAACGCGCUGGAGCCCAUAUAAAGCGAUGAAGGGGAUUAACCAAUACCCUGCCGAGAGAGGCAUCAUCGCUGAAGUCGCAUCGUCGAGCAUGGAGCUCACUCGACUCUCCCAGUUAACUGGAGACAUGCGUUGGUUCGACGCGAUCCAGCGUAUCACCAAUGUCCUGGAUCAGCAGCAAAACAAAACAUAUCUUCCAGGCCUCUGGCCUGUGGGCUGCAGCCCUCUUUCUGGCGAGUUCGCAGGCGACUCAACUUUCACUCUUGGAUCCAUGGCCGACUCAGCGUAUGAAUAUCUGCCAAAGAUGUAUGCCUUGCUUGGUGGAACGGAUGCCGCAUCUCAGUAUGCAAGGCUGUACAGUCACGCCAUGAACACCGCGAUGGAGUACCUUUUUUUCCGGCCGUUGGUUCCGGAUAAUGCCGACAUUCUUGUCUCUGGCCAGACGCGUGCUCAAAGACCUUCGUCCGCCUCUCUCGAGACAGAAGGCCAGCACCUCACGUGCUACCUCGGAGGCACACUUGCACUCGGGGGCCGUCUGCUGUCCAACAAAACUCACGUCGAAGUAGGCCGCAAACUUACCGACGGCUGUAUCUGGACUUACCGCAACACCCCAACAGGUCUAAUGCCUGAGCUGUUCAGAAUGCAGGCGUGCAGCUCACCCUCAAGCUGCGAGCUUGACAAUCAGCAGUGGGAAUCUGACCAUGGCCAAAGACACCCUGGUUUCACACACAUCACAGAUGGCAAUUACAGACUCCGCCCCGAAGCAAUUGAGAGCAUCUUCUACCUCUAUCGCAUCACGGGUGACCCGAAACUUCAGGACGUGGCCUGGGAGAUGUUUCAGGCCGUUGAGAAGCACACGCGUACAGAUCUGGCGCACGCUGUAUUGAAGAACGUCAUGGAUCCAGAGCUGGGAACAGAGGAUAGCAUGGAGAGCUUCUGGUUUGGGGAAACGCUGAAAUAUUUCUAUUUGAUCUUCAGCGAUCCGAGCUUGAUCAGUCUGGACGAGUUUGUUUUUAACACAGAGGCGCAUCCUUUUAGGAUUCCCAGGCCAUGA